AGCCGGUGUCGGCCCGCGAACCCCCACGUCUCUGCAGCCUGGUCCCCGCCCGGGUUCGGCGGGACCCGUGCAGUGGGAGGAGUCACCACUGGCUGGUGACUAACCCAGGUUGGACGUCUGGACCUACGAAGAAAGGACCUCGACUACAGAGAGCGAGAGAGAGACCUCCCAGGCAUCGCGACCACGCAGCAUCUCCACUCCCGACCCGUGGCACCCACUAGUCUCCGGCACUCAACGCCAGAGCACCCGAGCCCGCGUGCCCAGCCCCGGGGGAGCCCGCCCCCGCCCCGCGGCCCGCCCGGGCCAUGCUCCCCCGGGGCAGCGGCUGAGCGCCAGCCAGAGCAAGGAACAGUACCGAAGCCCGCGCUGAGCAUGGAUCCCGGCUGGGGGCAGCAGGACGUGGGCUGGGGUGUCUUGCUGAUCCUCUUCGCCGCCUCCCUGCUCACAGUGGCGGGCUGGCUGCUGCAGUAUGCCCGGGGCUUGUGGCGGACACGGGCCGGCAGGAGCCAGGGCCGGGAGCCCGCCUUAGCAGUCGAGCCAGAGGGUUCCCUGCGGGAGCUAGGCGUGUGGCGCUCGCUCCUGAGGCUGCGGGCAACUCGAACUGGCACCCCUGAAGAGCCAGGCGUCCGAGGCCUCCUGGCGUCACUCUUUGCCUUCAAAUCUUUCCGGGAGAACUGGCUGCGAGCUUGGGUUCGAGCGCUGAACGAGCAGGCCUGCAGGGACCGGAGCUCCAUCCAAAUCACCUUUGAGGAAGUACCCCAACUUCCACCCAGAGCCAGCAUUACUCAUGUGACCUGCGCAGACCAAUCAGAGCACACCAUGGUGCUGCAUUGCCAGCUUUCUGCUGAGGAGAUGUGGUUCCCAGUCUCUGUGACCCAGCAGUCCCCCGCUGCCGUCUCCAUGGAGACCUACCACGUCACUCUGACACUGCCACCAACACAGCUGGAAGUCAACCUGGAGGAAAUCCCUGAGGAGGGGCUGCUGAUAUCUUGGGCCUUCACUGAUCGUCCGGAUCUCAGCCUGAUGGUGCUUCCCAAGCUGCAGGCUAGGGAGAGAGGCGAGGAGCAGGUAGAGCUCUCCACUAUCCAGGAACUGAUCGAGGAUGCCAUAGUCAGCACCCAGCCAGCCAUGAUGGUCAACCUCCGGGCCUACUCUGCCUCUGCAGGCCUAGUUACCAGUGAGAAGUCAUCCACUUUGCCCCAGACCCAACCAGCCAUCUCCAGACCUACUCGGUUAUUCCUCCGGCAGCUCCGAGCAUCUCACUUGGGAAUUGAGCUGGGAGGGUCUGGAGAACUGUGCUGUGUAGCUGAGCUUGAUAACCCCAUGCAACAGAAGUGGACCAAGCCUGCAAGGGCUGGCCCUGAGGUGGAGUGGACAGAGGACCUGGCACUGGAUCUUGGCCCCCAGAGCCGGGAGCUGACCCUCAAAGUGGUGAGGAGCAGCAACUGUGGAGAUAGUGAACUUCUGGGCCAGGCCACACUGCCUGUGGGCUCCCCUUCUAGACCACUGUCCCGAAGACAGGUGUGUCCACUUACCCCAGGGCCAGGGAAAGCCCUGGGACCAGCAGCCACUAUGGCAGCAGAGCUUCAGUACGAGGAAGGAUCCCCCCGGAACCUGGGCACUCCCACUUCUUCUACUCCACGCCCUAGCAUCACACCUACCAAGAAGAUUGAGCUGGACCGGACCAUCAUGCCUGAUGGCACCAUUGUAACCACUGUCACCACUGUCCAGUCCCGGCCCCGUGUAGAUGGCAAAUUAGACUCCCCCUCCCGCUCCCCGUCCAAGGUGGAGGUGACUGAGAAGACGACAACGGUGCUGAGUGAGAGCAGUGGCCCUAGCAGUACCUCCCACAGCAGUAGUCCAGGGGAGAGCCAUCUUUCCAAUGGUUUGGACCCUGUAGCAGAGACAGCCAUUCGCCAGCUAACUGAGCCCAGCGGGCGGGCAGCCAAGAAGACACCCACCAAGCGUAGCACUCUGAUCAUCUCUGGUGUUUCCAAGGUGCCCAUUGCGCAGGACGAGUUGGCACUAUCCCUGGGCUAUGCGGCAUCCUUGGAAGCCUCAAUGCAGGAUGAUACAGGGAGCAGUGGAGGUCCCUCUUCACCUCCCUCGGACCCAGCAGCUGUGUCCCCAGGACCCCUAGAUGCCCUCUCCAGCCCCACAAGUGUCCAGGAAGCAGAUGAGACAACACGUUCAGACAUUUCUGAGAGGCCGUCUGUGGAUGAUGUUGAGUCAGAAACAGGGUCUACAGGUGCUCUGGAGACCCGCAGUCUCAAGGACCACAAAGUGAGUUUCCUGCGCAGUGGCACUAAGCUCAUCUUCCGCCGGAAGCCUCGACAGAAGGAAGCUGGCCUGAGCCAAUCACAUGAUGAUCUCUCCAACACCACGUCCACACCCAGUGUCCGAAAGAAGGCCGGCAGCUUUUCUCGCCGCCUUAUCAAACGCUUUUCUUUCAAAUCCAAACCCAAGGCCAAUGGCAACCCCAGCCCUCAGCUCUAAAAGGGCCCUAUUUACCUCCUGAGGAGAAUUCAGGUGUUUCUCAGCCCAUUCCCACAUCCUCUUCUGAACCCUCCCUGGAUUUCCAGACCAGAAAAGCCCUCUGGGUUCCAGGAAUCCCUGUCCAUCCUGGGCUCUGGGGCCAGUUGGAAGGGUACUUGCAACGGGAAAUGUGUGAGAGGUGGGCACCCGUUGCUGAGGAUACAGGAAAGGGAGUUGGUGGCUGGGAAUAAGGAGGGCUUUGUCUGGCACAUGUGGGCCUUCCUCAGAGAUGUUGGCCUCUUGUUAAUACUGGACCCUUUGGGGAGUCCCAGGGUGCUCAGCUUCUCAGCUGAUUCUUCCUCCCUUAUUUAUUCACUUUUCUAUUUAUAUGUGUGGUCCAGAACCCUCAGUGAACAGACAAUAGAGGGUGUCUCUCCCAGGUGACCCUUCUUUCCUGUCCCAGCAGAGUGGGCAAUUCCCUUUGGGAUGGAGAUCCCACAACUCCCUCAGGUCCCCACAGAGACCAGCACCAGUGUCUGCCCCUGAGGACAUUGGCAGCUCCAAGAAAGCCAGGCAGGUGCCUGGGAUGGGGGGCAGGUACUCCCCGAGGCCCCACUUCUUCUUCUGCCCCUUGCUCCUUCCCCCUUUAUUACUGUUUUUGUACUUGAUGCCUUCUAUGUGAUCAGUGGCUCUGUUGGAAGGAGGGAGCCUGAUGGGAAGCCUUCCCCAGAGAGAUGAUUUUAGGGGCUUUAUUUAAAGACUGUGAUGAUGGAGCAAGAGCAAGGCUGCAACUCUGUAUGUGGGAGAUGACUUCCAUUGCUGUGUGAUGGCUUGGAAUUUAAUUUAUUAAAUUAAAGUAAAAUUGGAGUUUA